CAGAGACACGGACGAAGAGCCGCAUCAGCGCUGCCGCUGUGGACAAAAUAAACCAUCCGUGUGUCGACAGACAACUGCCAGCGGCUCGGAUCCGAUCCGGUUGGAUUUACUGUGGCGUCUGCUGCAGCUGCAGGGAGGUGGAGGGGGUUGAGUCAGCGGAGGCAGGGAGGCAAAGGGACCCCGUCCGACAACCGAGACCCCGCCCGGCCGCAGCCUCCCCCGCUGCGCUGCAGCUCACCGACGGUCACAUCUGUCAUCCAGAUAUGCCAAAGAGGAGGAUGAGGAAAGACCAUCUACUGAAGAGUGAAUGAAAGAAGGACAAAGUAAAGGACAAACAGGCGAAGACCAAAAGGCAAAGAAGAAGAGAAACAAAUCUAAUAGAACAGCACAAAGAGAAAUGGAAGAAGGAGAAAAGGGAGUGUGGGGGGAUGUGAGGAGCUCUGAAAAAGAGGAGAAACAGAAUUGAAGAUAGAUGGAAACAGGAAGUGUUAUAGGGAGGAAAUAUACACAGUCCUUAGUCCAGGUUUGAAAGUGAAAGAGACAGAGCUACACUGGACAAAGAAGGUGGGAGCUUUGGAAAAGAAGGAACAUAAAACAAGGACCGGCUGAGGGACGGAAGAAACAUCUGGAUGGUCUCCACGGGUACAGUCAGCAGGUUACCACCCCUCAGAAGAUGGCCUCCAACUUCAAUGAUAUUGUCAAGCAGGGCUACGUACGCAUGCGUAGCCGCAAGCUGGGGAUCUAUCGACGUUGCUGGCUGGUGUUCAAGAAGUCAUCCAGUAAAGGGCCUCGUCGUCUGGAGAAAUACCCUGAUGAGAAGUCUGCCUACAUCAGAGCCUAUCCUAAGGUGACAGAGAUUAGCAACGUCAAGAAUGUUACCCGGUUGCCUCGAGAUACCAAGCGACAGGCAGUGGCCAUCGUGUUUACAGAUGACACCUCACGCACCUUCACCUGUGAGUCAGAGCUGGAGGCUGAGGACUGGUUUAAGAUGUUGUCAGUUGAGUGUCUGGGUACACGGCUCAAUGACAUCAGUAUGGGAGAGCCUGACCUCCUGGCUGCUGGAGUGCAGUGUGAGCACACAGAGCGUUUCAAUGUGUUCCUCCUCCCCUGUCCCAACCUGGACAUCUAUGGAGAGUGCAUGAUGCAGAUCACCCAUGAGAACAUUUACCUGUGGGACAUUCACAAUCCUCGCACCAAGCUGGUCACCUGGCCACUCUGCUCCCUGCGGCGCUAUGGACGUGAUGCCACCCGUUUCACCUUCGAGGCUGGACGGAUGUGUGACAGUGGUGAAGGCCUCUACACCUUCCAGACCAGAGAGGGAGAGCAGAUCUACCAGAGGGUUCACUCCUCUACACUGGCCAUAGCAGAGCAGCACAAGAAGGUCCUGCUGGAGAUGGAGAAAAACAGCAGGUUGAUGAGUUCUGUGGGUUCAGAGCCUGGCUCCUACCCCUGCACCCCCACCGCUAUCCUACCCCGAUCUGCCUACUGGCACCACAUCACUGGAAACCAGAUCGGCAUGGACCCUGGCAAUGGUGACGCCGCAGAAGACGACUUGCUGUCCACUCGCCUGCCACCCGAGCGCCACGCCACGCUGCCUUUGGCAAAUACACAUGCACGGUCUCACGCACACAUACACACACACUCCCCAACACACUACUACACGUAGCCCAAACAAUGACACGCACACAGAAGAUAUGGACAAUGAAGAAGACGCAAACACACACAUACCCACAUGCGUACAGGCACACACAAUUCACUGAAAGGAAGUCACAUUCUCCCUCCUUAUGUUAGUUUUACAGCCCAACAUUACACCUCACAGGAGAUGUUGUAGGUUUGUUACACCUCACAGGAGAUGUUGAAGUUGGACUAACACUGGCCAAUUUACCAUCCUGUAUGCAGGGAGCAGCAAGUGAAAACUAAAUUCCGCAAAAGACUGCAAGAAAAUUGGGUAAACAGGGAACAUUUGGCAUUUUUUCACACUCUGCCUGGCAAAAUAGUAUAUAAUGCCUACUGAUUUAAGUACUGACUGAAUAUGCUUUCAACCACAAAGGUCGUAUUGCAAUUUGGUCAACCAGGUCUAAAGGCAAAAAUGUUUCCACCUGUUUCCACUGUGUCACUCUGGAGGGGGGGGGGUGAAAAGUUUUAAGGGGCAGUUGAAUUGAAAUUCUGUUUUAAAUAGUAAAUCUCUGGUAGUACAAGAUACAGUGGAUAGCAUGUGUUAGUUGUGAAACUACACAGCAUUUGUUAGCUCAUGCUGCUCACUCACCAAGACACCUGCCCAGUUCUCCACUGGUGCCUCAUACCACAACUCGGUUUGUCACUGCUGGUUGUGGUGCAUGCAUAUGGAUAUGAUUUCUUAGCGCAUCAGUGUCAAUAAUAGCUCUGGGAUCCUUAUUUUUUAUUGUUAAAAUCGACCUAGCUGUCCAUUAUGUGACAUCACAUAUAAUUUGUUUUGACAAAGACUUGGAAACUGAUGUUUCUGUAGUUUAUAUAUACGUAGAUGUGGAUAUUGCUGAUUUUCACAGUGCACUGUACGCUCCAGUGUUUGAUAAAGCUACGAGGCAGGAAAUGGUCUCCGACUUCACGCAGGAAGAAAUCAGAACUGCCAUUCUUUCUUUUCCACGUGGAAAGGCCAGUGGCCCAGACAGAUUUGGAAUAGAAUUUUAUGAAGCACAUGUAGACAUAAUUGCCCCCUUUUACUCCAGAUGGUAAAUUGCUCUGUGAAAUACUUUGUAUUAUGUUCAUAUCAGUGAUGGCACUAAUGUUGUAUCCUAUCAUCCUGCUAAAACAGUGAUCAAAAGAUUAUUGCAAAUUUAUUUGGCAAACCAAUUAAAUGAAAACAUUUGCACAUUAAUCCAUCCUGACCAAACAGGUUUCAUUCCAGAUAGAUUCCCCUUUUCUAACAGCCAGUGUUUAUCACAUAUAUCUGGGCUAACUCUCCCCCCUGACAGAAGCAUCAUGCUGGCCCUCUUACAGAAGCCCAUGGCUGAAGGUGAUCCGGGCCUUCCUGUCUUCGCUUUGGACAUUAUUACUGGGCCUGUAAUUCCAGAGCAUGGAUUUUCUGGAAUCAUGCUCCAGCUAUGUCUGGGUGGUGGAGCGAGUCCUGUAAGGCAGCAUCACUUAGUGGGGCCUGCUUAACAGCCGUUUUAUUUUCCAAAUGAAAUCUACUUAUGAAACAACUGAAGGAUGACUUUAUUUUGCCUAACAUUUAAGAGUCUAAGGUAAAUCAGAGGUGUGCUGGGUCUCUCAGAAUUGUCUAUUUAUGCUCCUAUUUGUCCGAGCCCUUCUUCUAAACCAGGCCUAAUGGAUGUUUUUUCACACUGAUCACAAAAGGGCCGACUACAACUAUUAAGGAUUUCAACAGUAACAACCAUUUUGCAUCUUUUGCUCAACUUCAGGUGAAAUGUGAUUUUUGGGGGAAUCUGCAAAUUAAGAAUUUUGUUUUUGAAUUAUGGCUAAAUAAGAAAUGUGUUAUGUCCUGCCCAAUGCCCACCUCAUGUUUCUUAAGAUGGGGACUUCAUAGAACAUAUUAAAAGGGAGAGGUGCUAAUCUGGGAACUAAUUUUUCUGGACUGUACUGAUCAGUUUUUCGAGUCUUUGUCUUGGGUCUUCCUCAGCCUUGUUUGGUCUUGGUUCCACAGACUCUGUUUCUGACCUUCAGUCCACUUGUGGAAAUUCAGUCACUGCACUUAUUGACGUGUCUAUGUGAACUUUUUCUGUGAGCUGGCAGUUUGUUUUA